AUGGCCCCAAAGAAGCGUUCUCAAACUCCACGACAUCAAGGCGUCAACGACACUCAACAUCACCAUCCCGAGCCAGUCCAGACCCACUACGCUCCUUCAACUCAACCUGACUCUACUCCCCCUUCCACCACCACUAGAGAUCGUCGUCGCAAACCAAAGGACAAUUCUAUCGACCCCCCAAUCGUAUCUUCCAACCAUUCGCCCACCAUUCCCACCUCACCUCAUUCACCAAUCGAAGGCAUUGCUUUUGGAUCUCACUCUCGUCGAGAGAGCACUUCGACCAUGAGGACCUCAUCCAUUUCGCUAGAGGGCCAUCCCAGCUGUACUCCAACAGGCCGUAUCAGCAAGGCAAAGAAAGGCAAGCGUGUGCACGCUUGUGAGUUUCCUGGUUGUGGAAAGGUCUUCACUCGAGCUGAACAUAGAAGACGACACGAGCUCAAUCACAAUCCUGAAGCGCUAUUCCCUUGCACGCGUCCUGGAUGUCGAAAGGCAUUUCAUCGCAUUGAUCUACUGCAGCGUCAUCAGGAGCGACAUGAUCUUGAGAGCGCCCACGAUGCCUCUUCUGGACAUUUGGGCCGCAUGUCGCAAGUACCAGUCUCUUCUGAUCUUUCAUCCGUUCUGGCUGCGACUUCUGUCCACAGCCCGUCGGUAGAUCGAGGAGCUCCCAGAUCAUCUUCUGGAGGUCUUUCAAUCGGUUCUCUUGUUCAUCCACAGACAGAUUAUCGCUACUUGGGAACCCCAGCGUUCAGCAGCCACCCUCGACAAUCAAUGGCUCAAUUUGUGCCUGGAUUCCCUUCUUCUGACGACUCUGGCAUGUUUUACACUCCAGAGAGCAGUCAAUCUCCUGUUUCCGAGUACUAUGGCAGAUAUCCACAUCGUCAGAGUAUCUCUUCAUCUUCUUCUGUUGCUGCAUUUGAUCCCAGUGGAACUUCUCCCUUGAUCAGUGGAAACAUGCCCGGUACUUGGGUGCCCUCUUCUGCUCCUCCCAGCAUGCUCCCAUCAAAUGUGACUGAUGAUGGUGCUUAUCUUCCUUCUCCUGCAGACUCUUCCCUACCAAUACCCCUCUCCGACCUGGAUGGAUACGAAUGGUCUGUCAUUCGACGAGAGUUAUCAAGUGCCUCAGGAAUACUACCAGGAAAUCCCUCAGCCGGUAUAUCUGACACUAUAAGGUGGGAUUGUUUAGAUCUUUACUGGCAGUAUUUCCAUCCGCACUUCCCGGUCGUACAUCGCCCUACCUUUCUACCGACGAAACCGAGCCCUCUACUAGCCAGUGCCAUGGCAGCCAUCGGAUCACAAUAUGACAGCCGUCCAGAUGCAAAAUUUUACUCUCUGACGCUUUUAGAUAUUGCUACGAAACUUCUUAGACGACGAGACAGCAUCACCAGUCGAUCUCGGCUGGCAGAUUUACAGACUGUGUUUCUUCUGGAAGUUCUCAGCAAGUAUUGCGCAAGAAGAGUAGAAGUGGAAAUGUCGGCAAGAUUCCGUUCUCUUUUUGCGAGUCUUGAUCAGGCGCGUCGAUCCCUUGCAACAGAUCCUUUGGCAGUUUUCCGAACUCUUCGAAAAGAUCGUACUUCAGAAGAUAUCCAUCGAGCGCACAAGUUCUGGCUAGAGCAUGAAACUCGAAGACGGAUCCUUCAAGCUUCAAUGGUCCUGGAUUUACAACAAGUUAUGCUUUUUGAGCAGCCCCCCACGAUUGUUCAACAUGGUCGACCAUCACGAGCAACUGGGGUUCGCACUCCACUAUCACUACCCUGUCCUGAAGGUCUUUGGGAAAUCAGUUCAAUUGAGACAUGGGUGGAAAUGGCCUCCAAUCCCGACUUUUCUAAACCAAGGUCUACUCGGAAUGAUAGCUCUGCUCUUGGCAUACCACUGGACUACUUUCAGGUGCAGGUCAGUCUAGCAAGCACUCAAGAUACCUAUUUGGACGACUUCCUCGCACCAAAAGAUCAGCUGAGCCAUUAUGCCUCUCGAUUGGAAUUCACUUAUCAUGCUAGGGAGAUGGCUAGAAAUACGCCCAUCCGGCAGUUGCUUGUUGUGAGUGGAGAAUCAUGGAUCAUGGGCAAAAAGCUCGAGAACGAAUCUGAGUUCCAGAACGCAAAGAAAAACUUGAGAGUCUGGGUCGAGUCCAACAUCGAAAGUCGCACAGCUGUCUGGCAUGCCCUAAGAUUGAUUCGAGGCUGCGCAAAAUUCAUGCCCACUGAUUCUACCCAUACUGGAUUGUUUGUUUCGUUACACGGUACUCAGAUGCUACACGAGCCUUGGGUACUUUACGUUGCUGCUCUGGUCUGUUGGGCAUAUGGAGUCGGUGUCUGGAAAUCCCUUGAGUGCGUUGGAUCGCUCUCUGGAGCACCCUCGACCAUCAGUGAACCUCUUUCCAACCUGUCCCGGACCUCCAGCUUGUCAUCGGUCCAUCCGGCGCUAUUAGAUUCACAAGAGGCUGCAUACUCGAUGCGGGAAUUUUUGCACAUUACGAAUGUCGAAAAGGUGGAGGACCUCUCACAGCUAGACCCACAUAUAUUCGGUCAGGUGCAUGGUGUUUUGGAGAUGAUCCGGCUCAAUAAAAUUGGCAACUUUCUCGGAGGCCUCAUGAACGACGCGGAACGAGUACUGUAUCGACUCGUGGAGGGACGCAGUCGACUUUCACAUUUCUAG